CGGGUCUCUUCAGGGUCGGCCAUCUUGUGCGGUCGCGAGCAGGGGGCUGGGGCCUGGGCAGCAUCGGAGGAGCAUCCCGCCGACAGGGGCCCAUCAUGCCCGGACACCUGCAGGAAGGGUUCGGCUGCGUCGUCACCAACCGCUUCGAUCAGCUCUUUGACGACGAGUCCGACCCCUUCGAGGUGCUGCAGGCGGCUGAGACCCGCCGGAAAGAGAGCGGCGGCGGCAGCCAGGGGGGCGGCGGCGGCGGCGGGGCCCGCAGCGAGCAGUUUCCAAAACUUCUAACUAUUGUCAGUGCUCAAAAUUUGCAUGGUCUUACGUACCUUUGCCAUGAAACCUCUAAAGGGCAUGGGGGUAGAGAGAGUGCUUGGUCACCAGGAGAUUUGGAAGAAAAAUCUAAAUGGUCAGUUCUGUAUUGGCUUGUGCUUUGUGAUAGAGUUACAAUUUCUUUUAAUGAGUUGCUUCAUCAACUUGCUGAUGCAGAUUGUUGUCCUACUAUUUUAGGGAUAAGACGAAUUGGCAGAAGGCCCGAUCAACAGCAGCAGCAGCCUCAGGGUGAAGGCAAACCCAUUGACAGGAGGCAGGAGAGACGACCUCCACGUGAGCGCCGAUUUGAUAAGCCUGCUGAUGAGAAGGGUGAAGGAGGAGAGUUUUCUGUGGAUAAACCCAUUCUUGACCGACCUAUGCGUGGUCGUGGUGGUCUAGGUGGAAGAGGACGUGGACGUGGUCGUGGCAUGGGCAGAGGAGAUGGAUUUGACUCUCGUGGCAAACGUGAAUUUGACAGGCAUAGUGGAAGUGAUAGAUCUGGCCUAAAGCAUGAGGACAAGCGUGGUGGCAGUGGAUCACACAACUGGGGAACCGUCAAAGAUGAGCUAACUGACCUGGAUCAGUCAAAUGUAACCGAGGAAACGCCAGAAGGAGAGGAACAUCCGCCUGCUGAUUCUGAGAAUAAAGAGAAUGAGGUUGAAGAGGUUAAGGAAGAAGGUCCUAAAGAAAUGACCCUGGAUGAAUGGAAAGCUAUUCAAAGUAAGGAUCGUGCAAAGGUUGAGUUCAACAUCCGUAAACCAAAUGAGGGUGCUGAUGGGCAAUGGAAAAAAGGAUUUGUUCUCCAUAAGUCAAAGAGUGAGGAGACAAAGGCGAUGACAGAAAUGCAGGGGAGUCUGCUGGAAUCGAAUGAGGCUCAUGCUGAAGACUCUGUAAUUGAUCAUCACUUCCGUAAACCAGCAAAUGAUAUCACAUCCCAGCUGGAGAUCAAUUUUGGAGACCUUGGUCGCCCCGGGCGUGGUGGCAGAGGUGGUAGAGGUGGCCGGGGACGUGGUGGAAGGUCCAAUCGUGGAAGCAGAACUGACAAGUUGGUUAAGGAGUUUGACGUGAUCCACGCACCCAGCCAGUCAAGUGCUUCUGCUCCUGAUGUAGAUGACCCAGAGGCUUUCCCAGCUUUGUCCUAAACCGGAUGUCAUAAGCCAACCCUGACCCAUCACUGGGCCCUCCUCUACGAGGCUUGCAUGCUUAAGGAUCCUAAACAACUAAGAAAUUUUAAAAAAGGGGACUGUCAUUCAUGCCAUUCACACCUAAAGACUGAAUUUUAUCUGUUUUGAAAAUGAACUUCUCUUGCUACACAGAAGCAACAAUAUGGUAGUCAGUUUUGUAUUUAGAAAUGUAAUGGUAGCAGGGAUGUUUUCAUAAUUUUUUCAGAGAUUAUGCAUUCUUCAUGGAUACUUUUUUGUAUUGCUGCUUGAAAAUAUGCGUUUCCAAACUUGAAAUAUAGGUGUGAACAGUGUGUACCAGUUAAGCUUUCACUUCAUUUGUGUUUUUUAAUUCAGGAUUUUAGACAUUUUCCCUGAUCUACAAACUGGUUUUUAAAUAUUGCACACUUUCUGUUUCCUUUAAUAUCUGCUUAGCAGAUUUUUAUCAGUCCAUGGUUACUUGGGAUAUGCAAACCUUAAUUUGGCAAAUUGUUAGUACUGUGUGGAAUACUAACGUCUGGUAUAUUUUAAUUUAGUUUUAAUACUUAAUUUCAAACUUGGAAAAAAGUCAUUUUUUCAUCUGUUUGGUAGUUUGUGUAUGCAAGACCCUUACUCAAAAUGGGUAUCAAAUACUUGAAAAAUAUUCCAAGCACAUUGGUUCAGUCAAGUAACUUUGUAUUGAUCCAGCAGUGAUGUGUGGAUAAUUGGCCUUAAACAAUUUUUAAAAUGAUAUAUCCCACCUUUCACUUUACCUUCUUUAGCUGUAUUUCCUCCCUUCAGCAGUUUUAGAUGUUUUGCUGGUAAAAGUUGGUCUUGAAUACUUAAUAUUCCUUAAGCAUCCUGGAGAUAGGAAUAACUUUUCCUGUUCCACAGGGUUGGGAAAGGGGAAUGGGCAGGGCAUAGAUUUCUAGUAGUCUACUUCUUUUACAUCUGGCAGUGCAGUGGAUUUUAUAAAUGCAUCAGUUUUUGGUGUAUUUGUAAUGCUAUUCCAUUAGCUGCAGUCCUUGUUCUGAAGAAACCAAAGGGCACUGCUUUGUUGGGAAAGAGAAAUAUUUGACUCAUGGAAGUCCUAAGAAAAAACUGCUUCAAAAGGUGACACCUGCAGUCUGCAUGGGGUAAUAACCAAAAACACGUGUUCUCCAUCUCAUUCUGGAUUUUUUGCUCUAGUAUUUCACCUUUUGGUCUCUGAUUGCUAGCUGACGAAUGAAUGUUUUUCAUGGUGCGAUUGUAAGAAGCUUCACUUACACCUGUAAAAUUUCUCAUAGGUUAACUUUAAACCCUGUGAACAGGAACGUUACCACUUCCAAAAACACACGGAGUUGAGAGAAUGACUAAUAAAAAUAAUUUCUUAGGGUUUAUUUUUUGGCUGCAGCAUAUUCUAGGAGACUAGAAGCAGGAUUCUCAUUUUAUUUAAUGUUACACUCUAAGCAGCUUAUUACACAUUUGUAGUUUCUUAACUAGGUAGAUAGAAAACAGAUGGUAAUGCCCUAUUUUUUUAAAGCUGUACAGGACAGGCAAAAAGUAUUGGAGACCUUUGAAUAUGAAAAUGGCAAACUCCUUAAUUGUGAUGUUUAGUUGGCUUGCUUUAUCUGAAAUGUUUUCUACAAAAACUUUGUGUUGAUGUAAACCAGUGUUAAUAUUGGGCUAGAGACACUUCAUGCACUCGCCUAUCGGUUUUAAAAACAGUGGGCUGAGAGAGGAGGUGGCAAGUUUUCAAAUGAAAUGGUAACAUUUCUGGCGCCUGGUUCAGUUCUCUUGACACUAAGUUAUGUCUUACGUAGGAGCCUGGCAUUAGGCUGUUCUUGUGCCUGGCACCAAGUAGUAAAUUAUAAGAAAUUUUGCUUCCCUGUCCCUUUUAUCAUGGCACAUUUCCUGUCAGAGGUACGGUGAAGGCUUUUGAGAUCUGUUGGGAGCACAUUUUGAUUAUGCAGCCACACAGAUACCUUCAUCUUGGUCCAUGCUGACUGAAAAACUUUCUGUUCUAUAGCUCCCUUCUUUUACACAAACACACUGCUGUUUCCAGACAAACCAUGCUACUGCUGCAUUUAGUCCAGCAUUUUAGGGUCCCAAUAGUGUGAUGUGACUUCGUCGUAGACGUUAGUGUUUCCAUUUCUCCCACACUAGAAUAUAGAGCAAUAUCUUGCAUAGUAUCACACUUCCCAUGUUUUCAAGACAGCCUGUACUUAAAAUUGGUCCAUCUGUUGUUCUGAUAGAUGUAAACUUGCCUCUUUCAGUCCAUUUGUGUCAAGAACUAAAACUGUGAACAUCUCUCUAAUAUUGGUGGGUGUUAACUGAAAUAAAGGUUUAUUUUCAUGCUCUUUUUAAAAAAUGUCAUGAAAACAUCUUAGCAUGAAUCCAUUUAGAUGAAAGCGCCUCUUUUAGUAUCUGUCCCAAAUGCUCUAAAUCCUUUGGUGGUGGUGGUGAUGCUCUGGCACUCCCACUGCUAUCAAUGGACUUUGUGUUGAAAAAAUGGCUUCUUCCCUUGAAUAGUUCCAGUAUUUCCUGUUAGUGAGUUUUAUCCUCAGUUACUUCCUGUCCUUUUACUUGCUGUUUGUGCCAGACAGAGGACUAGAUCUUAUAUCUGAACACAUUUUUAAAAAGGAUGGGUUAGGACAGAAAAAGUUGCAUCUUUAGUGUUGGAGGCACAUGGGCAGAAGCAUAUGACUUGAAUUGGUUAUAAAUAUAAUUAUUUAAAGAUUUGUGCAUGAAAGUUCAUCUUCAGUUUUUUGACACUGCUCCUGAUAGGAAAACAGAGAGAAAUAAAUGCAAGUGUUGGCCUUAUGGGAAAGAAUGAGAGCUAUUCCAAGGAAAAUUAAAGAAAAAGAAAUCUGUGUGGAUAUAUGGUGUUUGCACCUGUUAAUUUCAAAGAUCACUAUAAAUACUGUCUUAUAAUA